CCUCCUGUCAGUUAGCCUAUGGCCGUGCGCGUGCGCAGUCGCGUCAGUGUUAGUGUGUGUGUGGUGUCUGUGAUCUAUCAUCCCUUUAUAUCCCGCUAUAGAGGACCUGAUAGUUCGCCUGACUCUCUUAACCUGAUGUAAAGGAUAUAUUCAUCGGCGGCUUCUCUGUGGUUUCCCAAGUAGCAUUGUCUUCAUAACAUGAUUUCCUCAUGACCCGUGAAUGUUGUCCACUGUCUAUGAACGAUGGCGUAGGAAACCUGUCAGAGAUAUUUAGCUCAAAUGCUAUUAAACAGUCGAAUGGACGGAGAGUCGAUUACCAAAGGUGAUCUGAUCUCGACCAUAAAGAAAAUUAAUGUAGACGCUAAAGAACAUAACACUAUCAAGGCUAUAUUAAAAAACUUUAUACUGCCCGAUUCCGAACAAAUGGCUAUAAAACAGAAGCACAGUUUAAGCGAAAAAUGUAUUUAUACAGUCCCCUUUCAAGCGCCCAUUUCACCACCGAAAGAAAGAUUUUCAUCCAUUAAUGAGGCUAGAAAAGCAUUUCUUAAUCCUGAUGGCAAUAAAAACAUAUCCACGCAGAAUAAAACUGAACCAGUAUUACAUUAUGCUCAGCUAGCUAUUACGACUGAAAGCGACGAAAGAAGCACCGGUGGAGGAAAAAAUGUAAGAGAAAUAGUGAAUCAACAUAAAAAUAGAAUAAUUCAAACGAGUAAUAUGGAAAACACAAAAAAGAAAAUAAUAGAGCAGCAACAAAGAAAAGUAAGUUUUAAAAUUAAAAAUGCCUCAAAUUCGUAUCGAAGACCACCUUUAGUAACUACAAUGACAAUUUCUAGUAGCAAGGUGUCGGAACUGACUAAAAAGUUUAAUGAUUUAGUAAGUAAUGACUCAAAUGUCAGUAAAAAGCAGUCAAAAUUAGCCAAAAGUAUAGAUUUACAAUCAGUAUCCCGAUGUGCGAGCAGUAGUUCAACUCCGUCUUCAACCUUAAGCUCAAGUCCUAAUAUUAAAAUUGUUUUGCGACAAAAACGAGGCUCCCGUAGACGUAACAAUAAGAAAAGAUGUUUAAGCGUGGACUCAAUUGACAACUUAGUAUUAUCUGAAAGUUCCAAAGGAAAGAUACGCGUCAUAAGGUCAAAAUCAGAUGGAACCAAAAUUCCUAAAUCUCCAAGAAGAAUAUCAAAAAGUAGAGAUUCAAGUGGGCAACAAAGUGGAUCUGAUUCUAUCGAUGGAACUCCUACAAAACAAACAAAAACACUAACCACCAAGACUUCGGCUGUCAAAACCCUACCUGAAAAUAGCUUAGUUACAGUUAAUAAUGUGAAAGAUGUAAUAAAAAAAUUUGAGUCUGAAAUCAAAGAGCAGUUGAUUAGCUCUACACAGAAACCCACAACUCAAACGCCCAAUAGAAUUCCUGUAAAGGAAAAACCCAAGGUACCUGAAAAGAAAUCGUCGCUUGUAGUUACAAAAAAUAUAGUACUUAAGGAUGGUAUCCCUAAAAUUAAAACUAUGAAACCAAUAUUUGAAGCUAAGAUAUCGCGCCAAGACCCAGUUAAUGUUGUCAGUGAUCCAGACAUCAAUAAAAGAAAAGAACCUUUAUAUGAUAAGAAAAAGUUCAAAACAAACUAUAUCCAUUCAGAGAAGCUACCGUUACAUGUGGUUGAAAUUAUCCAGGAAGAAAUGAAUGAAAGUGUAACCUUAUCAAUUUCAACUGAAACUGAGGCUUUGACGCCAACAAGUAAAGAGAAUAUUGAUCAUGAUACGUCUUGUGAAGAUUUAAAUACUCAAAUAACUCCGAACGAUUCAUUUUUGUGGAGAAGAAAAAGUACUCAAAUAUAUUCUGAUAGUGAAAAGUCGACGUCUGAAAGCCCAUACGGAUUUGUUACUGUAACUAUGAAUGCGUCUUCUAUUGUUUGCAACGAUGAAAAACCUAUUUACAUGGAGGUUAAUAAAUCUCAAGAAAUACCAAUACAAGAAUCUCAGAACACCGACGAAAAUAUUUCAAGCAAUAAUUCUGAUUUUGAAACUAAUUUAAUAGAGGCAUAUAACAAAGAUGUACUUGUUGGAUUUACGUCUAAAAUUAAUACCAAAGAAGAUCUCGAAGAUGGAUAUGAGCUCUUAGAACCCCCUGGUCCAGAAAACUCAGUGACAAUAAUAAAAAUUGAAAGACCACCAAAAUUAAACUGCCCAUUACCAGAAAUUCCAAAGGAAACUUCUCCCCUAAAAGGCAACAAAAAUAAUGUUUAUCAAUGCCUGUUAGAAAUGCGAUCUCAUCCUGAAGGAGAUGAGAGCAGUCUCCACAAUUACGAAGAAUGUGGUCAGUUGGAGGAGAGAACUAGAGGAGACGGUGACAGUGAUGACGGAUACGAAUAUUGCAAGUCUCCAAUUAAACCGUACUGCCAUGCAUCUGAUUCCGGUAUCAAAAUUGCUGAGAAUUACAAUCCUUACGCCUGCGCAAAUGGCAAACAAAACUAUAAAAUAUCUAAGUCGGUAAGCGGAGCAUCAACUGUGAGCUACGAAAAAAUUGGCCAAGAUAGGAUUUAUGAAAAAAUACCACCAAGACCAGAGUCCAAAGAUAAUAGCCCAAGUAAUAAGAGGCACUCGUACGUAUCGUCAGAUUACACAAGCUAUAACGACGGAGAAAAUAUAUACGAUACAAUUAAACACAAUGAUGGGACAUUGUCGCACUGCUAUGAGAGCAUACCGAAUAGCCCGAGUAUGGCUAAAUUGAGGAACAAUGUCAAGAAACUUAAUACGGCGCAAAAGAGGCUUUCGUUUGAUAACGUAUCAAACUUGAGCCAAUCCACUCUUUCGAGCGAACAAAAAACAAACAGCUUGUACGGGCAGCGGUCUGUUAUUAGUUAUAAUGGACAGGAGAUUGCUUUUCAAGUUCCCAGCAGCGAGACGAGCGUUAGUGAUCGGAGCGACAGGAGCGACGACUGGGUCGAUGUUUCUGAUGAGGAAAAGACUGAGGAGAAGAAAAUUAUCAUAGUUCGCGAGAGAAGUAGAGGACGACGGAGCCCAGUCAGUUGGUCGCAGAAAGUGAGACACCAGUGGCAAAACUCACCCAGUCGCAGCGCUGAUAAAGACUGUGACAGCAGCGACUCGGGCCACCUGUACGAGUCGCUGGAGCCGCCGCUGCCGCCGCCGCCCGCGCCCAUACCGUACAACGAUGACUUCGACUCCUUCGACAGUGAUACUGACACGGAUGAUCAUACUAAGAACGACGAGCCCCUCCCGCCAACGUUACCGGCGUCCCGCCUCCCGAACCCCCCGCACGGGGGACAGUACACCCUGACCAAGAUAGCCAGCGCCGCCCACAGGAAAAUGAGAGAGAUCAAACGGAACUUCACUAAGAGAUACUCAGUUGCUCUCGAUGGAAGGCCGUUUGCGAAAGUUUUGAACAAUCAAAACGGGACAUACGAUACUCCGAAGAAUCACAAAGUAAAGUCACCUAUAUACGCCAACUGCGAGAAGCCGGAAAACCCACCGUACAGCAAUAUAGUAUUUAAUGAUUCCAAACCAGCAAUGACGAAGGACGAAAAUCCCGUGAAAUAUGAAAGGAGGGCGGACAAAAGGCAUAGCAGCGGUGACGUACCUCCUCCGCUUCCAGAGAAGUUACUAGAGAAACCUUCGACGCCGCCCAGCGAGGGCAAAGCUAAUGGAACUCUUUCUAGAAAAGCAUACUUCUCGUUCAAGUCCCGGUUCAGAAGAGCGACAUCUAUGGGCGUGGACAUCAAUGACGUGCCGGCUGCUCUGAAAAUUACCAACUCUACGUUCUAUCUGACUGACUCUAUGGACGGCGAUUCCGGAUUCAGCAAUUGCAGCGACAACGCUCCAGCUGCGGGCGAGAAACGCAACGGUACGUCGCGGCGCGCGUGGGCCGACUCCGCCCCCUGCCUCGCGCUCGAGCGGCCCACCGCCCCGCCCCCACCGCCUCCGCUCCCGCCCCCGCCGCACGACCUUAGCGCUGUCAACGAAGAACUGAAGCGCCUCCUGCCGACGUUGACGCGCAAGGACAAGGCGCGCACGCGUACGUCGUGGUACGCAGAGUGCGGCGCGGACACGCCCCCGCAGCCCGCGCUCUCCGCUACCGCUUCCUGGUACGCAGAGGCGGGUUCAUACCAGGCGGGCAACAUCUCGUCGUCGUCAGGGGCGUCGUCAGGCUCCCACCCCGCCUCGCCACUGCCCCACUCGCUGUUCACACACGAACCCCUCUACCAGUUCUACAACGCUGCUAAAGUUGAGUCGGUGUGUCGUGACAUCGGCGACUCGGACUCGGACGCGUACUCGAGCGGGACGCCCGCCCCCGCCGGCCCCGCCCCCCGCCCGUCCGCCAUGGCGCUCGUCGCGCCGCGCGGCCCCGCCCGCACGCUGUGGUGCGAGGUGCCCGAAGUCCUCAACUCCGCUGUUCUCAGUUCCCUGGCCCCCGCUCAGAAGCGCCUCCAAGAAGCGAAGUUCGAGCUGUUGACGUCAGAGGCGUCGUACCUCAACUCGCUGAGCGUGCUCGAGACGCACUUCGCGUCGCACCCCGCCUUCCGCGACCCGCACGUGCUGCCGCCCGCCGACUGGGACAUCCUGUUCUCCACCAUACUACCCGUGCGAAAGUGCUCGCAAAUCCUAAUGGCGGACUUGGAGAAGUGCUGGCAGGAGAACAUUCUACUACACGGCAUCUGCGACAUCGUCCGCUCGCACGCGGCCGCGAGGUUCCGCGUAUACGUCAAGUACUGCGAGCACCAGGCGCUCAUGAUACGAGCGCUGGCUCGCCUGCGACAGAGACCCGCUUUCGCCGCCGCGCUAAAGAGACUGGAGUCCCAUCCGGCAUGUCAGUCGCUGUCGCUCCACUCGUUCCUGCUGCUGCCGAUGCAGCGAGUGACGCGGCUGCCGCUGUUGCUGGAUGCUGUGCUGCGGAACCUGCAGCCCGAAGACCACGAGUACGACGGAUGCAUGCGCGCGCUGGCUACGCUCAAUGACUUGGUGUCGCAAUGCAACGAAGGUGCACGCAACACGGAGCGUAUAGAGGAGCUAUGGCGGUUGUCGCAGAUCAUCGAAAUGCCCAGCACUCUACGGAACCCGCCCAACCUGGGACCCGCGUGCUCUCGGAGGGAUCGCAAGCCGAUCCGCUGGUUGGUGAGGUCUGGUGAGAUGACCCAACUGGUAUGGAAGACGGACGAGCUGAAACUGACCUUCGGCAAGAAGUUCCACAAGACCCCGCUACACCUGUUCCUGUUUAAUGACCACCUCGUCAUCACUAAGAAGAAAGGCGAGGAUGUAUACGUGUGCGUGGACCACUGCCCGCGCUCGCUAGUGGAGGUGUGCUCCAGCGACGCGGUGCCGGCCAAGCACGCGCUACUGCUGACCCUGCUGGAGAACCACCAGGGACGCACCGUCGAGAUGUUAAUGUCGUGCGAGAGCGAAACGGCGGCGGCGAGGUGGGGGGAGGCGCUGGCGGCGCCGGCGGCGGGCGCGGGCGAGGCCGUGUACGCGGGGUGGGACUGCCCGCAGGUGGCGGCGCUGUACGCGUACUCGCCCGCACAGCCCGACGAGCUGGGCCUGCACGAGGGUGACGUGGUCAACGUGACGCGCAAGACUAGUGAAGGUUGGUACUACGGCGAGCGGACGCGCGAUGGCGAAUCUGGUUGGUUCCCGGGCGCGUAUACAGCGGAGAUAGCGUCGCCGCACGUGCGCGCACGCAACCUGCGACAGCGGUACCGCCUACUCGCACUGUCCGGGACGUACUUGGGACAGAAGAAGAAAUGAUCCCUUAUUGCAUGAUGUAGAUAUUUGGAAAAGAAGAAAUUAUUUCUUAUAGAUGCAUCACGUAAAUACGUCGUGUUACCUACGUACUUUAAGGAUAAAGAAGAAAUACCUAAUUCGUAAUGUAAAAUGACGAAGAUAUUAUACACUUAAGAUGCGUAUUUGGACAAGAAGGAAUGAUUUCCAUUCUAGAUAUUUGACGUAUUUCUGUGUUUUUUUUUUGUGGAGUAGAUAAAAAAAGCGAUAGUAGAUUCGGUGAGAUAAUGUUAUUAGCGGCAAAGUGCCAACUUGCAAAGCAGAUAAACAAAAUUAGAAAAAGUUAUUCAAAAGAAUACUUAAUUUAAAUAUUUAUUAAUUGUCUUGUGAUGAAAUGAGAAUCUAUUUUUUGUAAGUCUUACCGCCUAUAAGACUGUUGUCAGAUUGAUAAUGAAAAUGCCUAAAUACAAGAAGAUGAUGAUGAUAGUGUAAACACCGUUAUCCUUGAAAGUUGAAACCAU